ACACCUCAACAAACCAUCAUCAUCAUCAUGAACUCACAUCGAUUUUUAAACUUACCUCGAUUCUUACCUACUUUGAUUCCUACUCUCUUUCCUUCAAAUUCAAAGGCUCAAAUCUUAAACAUUUCAGCCGAUACACCUUCUAGUCCUACUUCACCAACACCUUCAACUCCAGUCGAAUCUCCAACGAUCACUACACCUACUCCACUCCCUUCUUCUACUACUACUACCACUACUUCUUCAACUCCUCUUUCGACUAGUACUCCGCCUGCUUCUACUUCUUUACCGGCUACCUCUAGUCUUCCGAUCUCUACUACUUCUACCACUCCUACUUCUCAAUCAAUCACUUCUUCGCUCGCAAGUUCUACACAAUCGAUUCAACCUCAUUCGAGUAGUAUCAUUUAUCUUACAAUCACUGCUACCGGCUCCGAUGGAAGUAUCUAUACGAGUGUCUCUUCGACUGCUUCAGCUGUUCCGGUUCAAACUGGUUUGAGUAGUUCAGGUGGUGGUGGUGGUGGAUCUUCAUCAGGUGGAACUUGGGCAAUCAUUGGUGGUGUGGUCGGUGGUCUAGCAGCACUUGCGGCUGUGAUCUUUAUUGUCUUUAGGUGUACACAACGUCGAUUCAGUGAACUUGAUGAUGAAGAUGUGGCUAUCAAAUGGCCUGAACUCGUCAACCGAGCCGAUGAUUCGUCUACUCUCAAUCCUCUUGCCGCUCGUCAAGCUGCUGGUCAUGGUAUUGGUGAUGAUGGUGAUGAUGAGAAGCCAUCAGUGAGCCCACAUCAGGGCCUAUAUAGUGACCAUUCAU